AAAAAUAUAAACAAAAUACAUAACCUCAAACUCAAAACAUGAAGUCUAGAUUAUAGCAAUUUGGUAUUUAAAAAAAUGUUAAAAUUUUACUUUAUAUCUGAAAAAUGUUUAACAAAACUAAAGUAUUCACGGUAUUAUUCAUCUAAGCCACCGAAUACUCUAUUUUUUGGAUCAGAUCAUUUUUCCCUAUAUUCCUUAGAAUUAAUUUAUAAUUAUCACUUAAAGGGUGAAUUAGUUAAUAGGUUGGAAGUAGUCACAAAAUUAUCAAAAAAUGCUAAUGUGGUCCAAAAGUAUGCCGAAAAACAUAAUAUACCCUUGUACAACUGGCCUAAUAUUCCCACAGAAACAGCAUUUGAUGUAGGAUUGGUUGUUUCAUUUGGUCAUCUAAUUCCAGAAUCCAUUAUUGGAAAAUUUCCUUAUGGUAUUCUAAAUGUUCAUGGCAGUUUAUUGCCAAAGUGGAGGGGUGCAGCCCCUAUGAUAUAUGCUCUGGCAAAUGGAGAUCCAGAAACUGGUAUCACUAUAAUGAAAAUAAAACCUAAUAAAUUUGACAUUGGUGAUAUUUUACUACAGGAAAAGGUCUCUAUAAAUGAAAAUAUGGAAAUGCCAGAAUUGCACAAAUUAUUAGGAGAAUUAGGAGCUAAAUCUUUAGUUAAAACUUUAGCAGAUUUACCUAAUUAUAUUAAUCAUUCAAAACCUCAACUGAUUGAUAAUGCUACCUAUGCACCAAAAGUACAUCCCAGUUUUGCAGUUAUUAAUUGGAAUACAAUGACGUCCACUCAAAUAUACAAUUUACAUCGAGCAUUAAAAGGAUUUUUGUCUCCUACAUCAGUAUGGCAAGGGGUACAAAUAAAACUUUCUGGAAUAAAAAAGUGGGAGACAAUUAGUGAUAAUAAAAAUCAUAAACCGGGUUAUGUGGCUUUUGACAAAAGGACGAAAAGUUUAAUUGUACUUUGCGCUGAUAACAAGUUUGUAAAUGUGGAAAGUGUUACUGUUUUAGGGAAAAAAACUAUGACUGCUAAUGAAUUUAAUAAUGGAUUUUUGUGUAAGGUGCCUAUAAAUUUAAGAUAUUUUAUGUAGAAACUGGUCUUUCAUUUUUAAUGAAAAUAAAGAUAUAAUUAAAAGGA